CCCCAUAAACACACCAAACAGAUUCUGUAGCUGCCAUCGAAAAAGCAUAAUGUGGGGGCCGAUCUCUGUACGUUGGCUGGAGAUCUACCGAGGCUCAGUAAUCGACUGUGGGUGGGCAGUAUCGGCGAACAUGUUGCGCCGGCGGACAACUAUAUUGUAAACUCUCUUCUCGUCAAUUGGGCUACAAGACGCCAAUUAUAACUCAUCUUGUUUGUACAUUACACACCAAAAGAAACCACAUCAAUAAUCACCAUCAUCAUGUCAAAUCAAGCAGCGUGGAUCCCAGAAGCGAAGGGCCAGCUUCAGGUCAAGGAAGCUCCCAUGCCAAAGGCGGGCAAGGGCGAGGUUGUGAUCAAGAACCACGCAGUUGCUGUCAACCCCGUGGAUUGGAAAAUCCAGGACUAUGGAAUCUUCCUGCAAAAGUACCCCAACAUCUGUGGUACUGACGUCGCUGGCGAGGUUCACGAAGUCGGUGAGGGUGUUACACAUGUCAAGAAAGGCGACCGCGUACUAGGACAUGCAUUUUCCCUCGUUACCAACGACCCUGCGCACGGCGGAUUCCAGCUCUACACCGCCUGCAACGCACUCGUCGUAUCCAAGAUUCCAUCCGACAUGAGCUUCGCGUCAGGCUCAGUCCUGCCUCUUGCCAUUUCAACUGCAGCCGCCUGUCUCUAUAAGAAGGAGACGCUCGGGCUACCGCUGCCAUCCUCCAAUCCCUCGUCUACAGGCAAAUCAGUAUUGGUAUGGGGCGGCUCGAGCAGCGUGGGUGCGACGGCGAUUCAGUUGGCGGCUGCAUCUGGCGUGAAGGUUGUCAGUGUGGCAAGCAAGCACAACCUGGAGAAACUCAAGGGCCUUGGCGCAACAGCGGCCUUUGACUACAAGGACCCCAAGGUUGCCCACGACAUCAUGGUCGCUCUCGAAGGCACAGAAUUCGCGGGUAUUUGCGACGCCAUCGGUACGCCAGAUGCCGCGGCUGCCUGGACACCAGUGUACGAGAAGCUCGGUGGACGCUACGGCUCCGUCUUGCCCGCUGCGGAGGGUCUCCCCAAGGGCAUCGAGGGCGCCAGUGUCUUCGCUCCAACUGUAGCGCUAGCUGACAAGUACAUUGGCGAUGUUGUCUGGGCGCAGUGGGUACCAGAAGCGCUAGAGAAGGGCACGCUGAAGGCUGUUCCAGAACCACUGGUGGUUGGAAAGGGACUGGAUGCGGUAGCGGAGGGCUACAAGAAGCAGAAGGAGGGUGUCAGCUUCCGCAAAGUCGUCAUCGAAUUGUAAGCCUCGCGGAC